CCGGCAUUCCACCCCAUUAGGCAUCAACCUCCCAGCACGAACCAACCCAGUCUCUUCUACAUAGUCAGUCAGUCUUUGCAACCAUGAGGCCACAGGUGCUGCUCGCCGCGCUGGCCGUCGUCGUCAUCCUCACAGCAGCUCUUCCCCUCGCCCACGGCCAAGGUGCGACCCCAAGCGCCUCGCCGUGCUGCAACAACUGUGGCACCUGCACCAGGUCCAUCCCGCCCAGGUGCACGUGCAUGGACGCGUCGCCAAGCGGCUGCAACCCGGCCUGCAAGACCUGCGACAAGUCCACCGUCGCCGGCCAAGACAGCUUCCAGUGCAAGGACCGCGUCGCCAACUUCUGCCAGCGCAGCUGCACUAAGGCCGCGUGACUCGACCUGUUGUUACCAGAAUAAUGCCGAUUAGCUUGUGCUUUUCCUUUGUUUUUUGCAGUAUUUGAGAGUUCCCUCUGCAUCUUGCUCUGGUAGCUAGAUGCAGAGAAGAAAUGAGAGUUGGAUGCAUGCUCGUUGUUCCUUCUUGUGUCUGAAAUAAAGAGCAUAUUCUUUGCUCAAAAUCUUAUUUGUUAAACCAUUUAUGCUUUGCAACCAAUAAAA